AAACCAGACAAGGACAGUAAAUUGAUCAGAAGUCAUCGAAAAGAUCAACUGUUUCUCAUUCUCUAUCUUUCUCUAUGCUUUGAUUUCAUCGCUUAUUGCUCAUCCUUCUUUGGCUCUUCAGUUCUUCCUCUGAGAGUGUGUGAUGAAUCUGGUUCUGGGUUCCUCUGUUUGUCAGUUUCUCAUGCUCUUCUUACCAUAGAAGAAGAAAUCAUUUCUUGGUUUGUUAGAAUUGAGGAAAGAAACCCAUUUUCGAUUCGACCUACUUCCCGUUUCUCUCAGUAGGGUCUGGUUGGAGCGGUGCUUGGACACCCAACCUGGCACCAUUGAUAGAUAGAAAUGGGUAUAUAUCUAAGCACCCCUAAAACUGAGAAGUUCUCUGACGAUGGUGAGAAUGACAGACUUGGGUAUGGUUUAUCCUCCAUGCAAGGGUGGCGUGCAACCAUGGAAGAUGCUCAUGCAGCAUAUCCAGAUCUCGACACUUCCACAUCGUUCUUUGGUGUUUAUGAUGGUCAUGGAGGUAAAGUAGUUGCUAAAUUCUGUGCAAAGUACCUUCACCAACAGGUUCUCAAGAAUGAAGCAUAUUCAGCAGGGGAUUUGUGUACUUCUGUGCAGAAAGCUUUUUUCAGAAUGGAUGAGAUGAUGCGUGGACAAAGAGGUUGGAGAGAGUUAGCUGUACUGGGAGACAAGAUGAACAAGUUUACUGGCAUGAUAGAAGGGUUGAUAUGGUCUCCAAGGAGUGGGGAACCUAAUAACCAACUUGAUGAUUGGGCUUUUGAGGAGGGGCCCCACUCUGAUUUCUCUGGACCAACAUCUGGAAGCACGGCUUGUGUUGCAAUUAUCCGAAACAAUCAACUUAUUGUUGCAAAUGCGGGUGAUUCUCGGUGUGUAAUCUCUAGGAAGGGGCAGGCAUACAAUUUAUCAAGAGAUCAUAAACCUGACCUUGAGGUUGAGAAGGAAAGGAUCUUAAAAGCUGGUGGUUUUAUUCAUGCAGGCAGAGUCAAUGGAAGUUUGAACUUAGCAAGAGCUAUUGGAGAUAUGGAAUUCAAGCAGAACAAAUAUUUGCCUGCUGAAAAGCAAGUUGUCACUGCCAAUCCAGACAUAAAUACUGUUGAGCUUUGCGAUGAUGAUGAUUUUAUCGUGCUUGCAUGUGAUGGCAUUUGGGAUUGCAUGUCGAGCCAGCAACUAGUGGAUUUUGUGCAUGAACAGCUGAAGAUUGAAAGCAAGCUUUCAGUGGUUUGCGAAAGAGUAAUGGACAGGUGCUUAGCACCAUCAACAGUUGGUGGUGAGGGAUGUGAUAACAUGACCAUGAUCCUGGUGCAGUUCAAGAAACCGUGUGUGUCCAUAGCACCCAUAGAGGGAGAGUCAUUGCCAUCUGAUCCUGCAGAAGCCAAUCCAAAUCAAGCUGAGACUGAUUCAAAACCUGCAGAUAAUGACGCAAAUUAAAGAUACUUGUAGUCAUUUGAUGGUUGGAUCCUAUUUUCAGUUGACAGGAGCUCCGAUUGAUUGGGAUUCUCUUUUGACUUGUAAGACUUGGAUUCUCACAAUAUAUCUGUAGAUGUAGAUGUUUUAGCAUAAACUGAGUAAAGAAUAGAUUAGCAAGGUUUUGAGUGUGUAUUUGUGGUUGUCUAUGAUUUGUGUAGCUCAACUACAGUAGGUCUGUUGGAAUAAAAAGUGUACAGAUGCUUCUAACCAUCAA